AUGCCUUCGCCGAGGAGGUUCUUGGUGGCGUCCACCUCGCUGCCCGUAGCCUUGGGCUGGGGCUGGAACCUGAGCGUGUACCUGGGGCUGCUGCUGCUACUGCUCCUGCUCAUGGGGCUCCUGCUCUGGAUGCUCCUCAAGCAGCUGAGGAACUCUGUGGGAUCUAGUCUGCAGCCCGGGCGCUCUCUGAGAGACCCUCGCCAUGAGGUAAAGAACAAGACACCUUUGGAUUCCCACAGAGGCAGUGUGAAAGACUUUGUCAAUUUCAAUGCCAAGCAGGAUGCUGAGCUCCUGCACAAGGCCAUGAAAGGCAUAGGCACUGAUGAGGGCACCAUUCUCAUGCUCCUGACAUCGCGCAGCAACAAUCAACGGCAGGAAAUCAAGGCGGCGUACAAGAAGGCCCACGGAAAGGACCUUGUGAGUGCUUUAAAGUCGGAGCUCGGAGGCUUGUUCGAGACGCUCGUUGUGGCAUUGAUGACGCCUCCCAUUUCCUAUGACGCCUCUCAACUCCACAAAGCACUCAAGGGAGCGGGGACUGAUGACGACGUUCUAAUUGAGAUCCUAGCGUCCAGGACCUGCGCCCAGAUUAAAGACAUCGUCAAAGUCUACAAGAAAGAGUGCGGUGGCAAGCUGGAGAAAGAUAUCACUGGUGACACCUCGGGCCACUUCCAAAAGCUUCUAGUGAUCCUUCUGCAGGGGAGCAGAGACGAAGGGGUGGAUGAAGACAGGAUUGAGAACGACGCGAAGGAACUGUUUGCUGCUGGCGAGGGGAAGGUUGGCACAGACGUGGAGAAAUUCAUCAACAUCCUGGGCAACAGGAGCCAUGAACACCUUCGCCUAGUGUUUGACGCCUACAAGAAGCUGGCUGGCAGUGAUAUCGAGGACAGUAUUGAGGGUGAGACUACUGGAAACCUGGAGAACUUAAUGCUGGCUGUUGUGAAGUGUGCUAAGAGUGUCCCAGCCUACUUUGCGGAGUCUCUCAAUGGGUCUAUGAGGCGUGCUGGCACUGAUGACCAGACUCUGAUGAGAAUCAUGGUGUCCAGGAGUGAGACAGACAUGUUGGACAUCAGAGCCUGCUUUAAGAAGAUGUAUGGGGCAUCGCUUUACAACACCAUUCAGGACGACACCGCUGGGGACUACGGAAAGGCCCUGCUCUACCUUUGUGGAGGAAAUGACUGAGGCGCUUUUUGAUGAUGUGCAACAACGUUGCUCUAUGAUGAUGCGUUAUAGAGCGGCAAUGGGCUGCACUUGAUACUCUCUGCCAAUUAUGAUUAAUUAACACUUGACUUUAUUGGCUUCUCUUCGACGAUUGGCUUGAGAUACCACUUCACUGUAUUGGCUAUGUGUCUUGAUUGCCCACAUUCAACACAUAUUGAACUCAACAGUGUGUGCCCUGUUUUUUCUUCUAUUGUUCAAAUAAUCAGCCCAUUCUUUGACACUAAGGCUGCGUUUACACAGGCAGCCCAAUUCUGAUCUUUUUACAGUAAUUGGUAUUUUGCCCAAUCGGAUCAGAUGUUUUGUGAAUAAUUGGGCAAAAGAUCAGAAUUGUGAUGCCUAUGUAAACACAACCUAAUGGUCAUGUCAACCAAACUAUGCUUUGUUUUGUCGAACAAUUUCAGGGAAUAAUGAGAAUAAUAUUGCUAUAACUUUGAACUUUGAAGUUCUCUUCUUUAUUGUUACUUAAAUCAACAUGCUAUCUUACUCUAUAGUAUGUGUCUUUGGGAGUUAGAUAUACAGAUGUAGGAUCUUAAUUUGAUCACUCUUCUGUUGCCGAGAAUUUUCCUGCAGGGCAGGAAAUACAAACUUGUCGUGUAUUCGAGGUUUCAAAAGGUUUCUAAACUUUGUAAUUUCCAUUUUAAAAUGUCAGCCUUGAUUUGUCCUAUCAAAAAAAUGUAUCAACCCCAACAUUAAUUAUAAUCCACAUAUGAAUUAACAUUUCUGUUGCUACAGGAUUAUUUUCUUGCUGUAGCAAACUGACUCAAAUUAAGAUCCUACAUCUGUACAAUGCUGCUGUUCAAUUAUUAAAAGGAUAAUGUCUACUA